CAAGACUUCUUCGACUUUUUGAUUCCCAAAGAUCAUGGAGGAGGAAGACAACAACGUUGAACAAACCCAUAUGAACAUUGCGUUCAUUCAUCUAAAAUGGAUGCGAGAAGCAAUGGUAAUGGCAGAAGAAGCAUUAGCACAUAGCGAAGUGCCGGUGGGCUGCGUCUUCGUCCGGAAAAACUGCAUAAUUGCGCGUGCAAGGAAUCGCACCAAUGAAUUAAGAAAUGCUUCUAGACAUGCCGAGCUCGAGGCUAUCGAUCUUAUCCUUGCUGAUAAGGAGCUGACACCAGAGUCCACUCGUUAUCCUCUGGCAGAUACUGUAUUGUAUGUCACAGUGGAACCAUGCAUCAUGUGCGCAUCUGCACUUCGUCAGUUAGGCAUUAAAGAAGUCUUUUAUGGAUGUGAGAAUGAUAAGUUUGGCGGGUGCGGGAGUGUGUUAGGUGUCAAUGCCAGCGGGAGACAUCCAGUUCAUCCAUCCUACCAAGCUACCAGCGGGUACCUUCGAGAAGAAGCCAUAAUGAUUUUACGUCGCUUUUAUGUGACAGAAAACACAAACGCUCCGAUCCCAAAGCAAAAGUCAAGUCGGGUUCUCAAGACAGAAAUUCCCCCGAAGAUCCAAACCUGACCGCCGCUCACGAUGGUAUUACGUUCCAAACGUUUGAUUGUCAGCAUGAGAAGGCUGUGGCGCUGAUUGCAGGCCUUUUUUUCACAAGGUCAUCCAGGGCCACAGCAUCGGUAUCACCGCCGCGGCACGUCCCCGACUCCCUUUGGCUUGCAUAUUCCGUGGUUGAUUACACACAUUCUCCGUCUCAAUGUCUAUUCUAUACGAACAUUACUCCUUCAAUAAACCCGAUAUAGUUUCCGCCCAUUCAACCCCAGAAUCAACCCCGGCUAACGGACUGUUUCAUGAUACCAUUGGCCCAUGGACUGU